CACUUCCGCUUGCUCGCCCUUCCGCCGGGUGCGAUUGUUUUGUGCCCAGGGGCGCGCGGCGGUGACGCGCAUCGGCUGCGCCGCAGGGGCCGGCCGCACUGUCUCCCCGCGCGCAGGGAUGGGGCCGGUGACGAGGCAGCUCCCCAGGUGGAGGCCCUUCAGCAGAUUACAGGUGAUACUACAGCACCUGAAUAUGUCCAAGCAUACAGAUUCUUCAGCUGAAGUGUUAUUGGAAAAGAGAGGGUGUGCUGGAGUAAUAACUAUGAAUAGACCAAAGGCUCUAAAUGCGUUAAAUCUUUCCAUGAUUCGACAGAUUUAUCCACGGUUAAAGACAUGGGAGAAAGAUCCUGAAACUUUUCUAAUAAUUAUAAAGGGAACUGGAGGAAAGGCUUUCUGUGCGGGGGGUGAUAUCAGAGCAAUCACAGAAGCUGGAAGAGUUGGAGAUAGGCUAGCACAAGAUUUCUUCAGAGAAGAAUACAUGCUGAACAAUGCUAUUGGUACCUGCCGGAAGCUGUAUGUGGCACUUAUUGAUGGGAUUACAAUGGGAGGUGGUGUUGGUCUGUCGGUCCAUGGACACUUUCGAGUGGCUACUGAGAAGACACUUUUUGCAAUGCCAGAGACAGCAAUAGGCCUUUUUCCUGAUGUAGGUGGAGGCUACUUCUUACCAAGACUUUCAGGAAAGAUUGGCUAUUUCCUUGCUCUUACAGGAUUUAGAUUGAAAGGAAGAGAUUUGCAAAAAGCAGGAAUUGCUACACACUUUAUAGAAUCAGAAAAGCUGCCUGCUCUGGAGGAAGAUUUGAUAGCACUAAAAUCUCCUUCGAAAGAAAAUGUUGCAGAUGUACUGAACACAUAUCAUAUGAAGUGCAAAAUUGAUGAAGAAAAACAGUUUGUACUUGAUGAACAUAUGGACAAGAUUAACAGUCUGUUUUCAGCAAACACCAUGGAAGAAAUCAUUCAAAAUUUGAAGCAGGAUGGCUGUCCUUUUGCUCUUAAGCAGCUAGAGGUAAUUAAUAAAAUGUCUCCUACAUCCUUAAAAAUGACUUUGAGACAGCUUAGAGAAGGAGCAUCCAUGAACUUGCAAGAUGUACUAACAAUGGAAUACAGACUGAGCCAGGCAUGCAUGCAUGGCCAUGACUUCUAUGAAGGUGUUCGAGCAGGUCUAACUUCAGUCUCCCAAAGGACAAGAGAGUGAAGAUAUUUCCUACAGCAGCAGAUCUAGGGCCUCUGGGGGCCACAUUAACCAUCCCCUCUUCAAUACAUAAAUGAGUAAAUGCCCAAGGCAUAUACUACUUGUUAAGUACCAUGUUCUGAGACUUUGUUUUAUCUCCAGUAUAAGCAGGCCUUAUAUGUACAUAUAACACAUGGAUUUGACUGUAGAGUGGUAUGAAGAAUAGGCUUUUUGGUGUGCAACACACAGAACAAGUUACGAGUCUGGCUUGAAUGAUCUAGAGGCAAUGACCAUGUUUCAAGAGAUGGAAAUUGAAUCAGCGCACACUUUGAAUUUUAACAGCAGAAUCAUUGAUUUGUUUCCCUGCCCUGGAAGCUGCACAGCUGCUCCAUUUAAACCUGUAUAGUAGAUUGCCUUUUAAUUUGAAAAAAAAAUCCUCUAAGCCAUAGCAUUGACCUUUCAGGAACAAGGUUAAAAGGCUUUUUCUGCCCAUUGUCUGAGUUCAUAACUGGUGUUUAAAAUUAAAAAAAAGCCCAAGUCAAUAUGAUCAGAGUAAAACUAAAGAACAUCUUUUCUUGAACCUUAUUCAUUUGACUACACUUCAAAAAUUUAAAUGUGGCUUUUAUUUUUCAAUAACUUAUUCAGUUAAAUCAUUGAGCUACAUAAAUCAUUUAAGAGUUCUCUGAAUUGUGUAGAAAGGCAUCAAGGAUUUCCUGAACUUCCAUUCAGUUUUUUCUUCAGACCAACACAAUAUUAUUUAUUGUUCCUUUCUAAUGGGGGCUGUCUCUUCCUGAUUAUUUAACAGUCUCUUCUACUGACAUAUCUGUAACAAUAAUUAGCCUCUGAUUAACUCAUCUCCAACUGCAUGCAAAAGGUCCAUAUGGAAUUUAAAUUUAUUGUUUUGCCUUCUCUUUUCCUAAUUAAGAUCAAUUUCUUUUCCUGGUCUGUUGGGAAUGGAUCUCUGUAUCUUUUUUUUGGUUAUAUUUUUGUGUAUAAGCUAUUUAUUAUUGAUUUUAUACGCCCAGACACACAGAGCAUUGGGGGUGGGUAUAUCCAAAAUUAUGCAGAAUAUACAUAUUACAAUGAUAAUUUGUCAGAGAAAUGUUAUGUCUGCUAUCUCGCUCUAUUAGUAAUUAUAAACAACUGCUGCUGAUUUUCUUAUAAGGAUAUCCAGCCAUGUUGUUUUCUCCAUUAUUAUUUUAUUUGUUUAUAUGACAUUCCCAUAGGAACCUGAGAUUCUACCCUCUGCAGUUUUCUUAAGUGAGAUUUUACAGAAAGAUUUAAUAAUUCUUUUUCAUGUAGAGCCCUACACCGCCAUCCCAUUUCUGGAAAUAGGCUACAUGUGUUAGGAUUAAGCAUCAGGUGGCUAGUUAAAGGCUUGCAUGAAAAUAGUAUUGACUAUCCCUCACCGUGAAUGCUGUAUUGGAUGGGAUCGUUAUGGAGAUUUCUGGUGCAACAGAAUAUUCCCAGUGUCAAGCCAUACAAGGGUGUGAAUCUGUUCAGUGAACAUCCACAAAAGAUUAAAAAGUUAAGCCUUUACUGAAGCCAAAUUCACUGCACUGCAUAUUGAUUUUACUUUGGAUAUACACUAAAGAUAGCAAUUGUAUAAUCUACUAUCUUGCUGUGAUCUGAAGCCCUCUUGAUUGAGAAAAUACGCUAAUAACAUCACCUCUUUCUACUUCAU